AUGGCAGCCACGAAUCUCGUGGGAUCGAUGAAAGGGAUUGAACUCUUUGAGGAUGACCUGGACCUGGUACGCAAAAUGCUGGCUUUUUGCUAUGGCCACGACUACGAAGAUUCGGAGCUUCUCACCAAAGGACAAUGGAUCCUUGCAGCACACACAAAUGCACUAAUGUAUAGCCUUGGAGAUAAAUAUGACGUGAGCGGUCUUCGCCAGGUCUCGUCAGCAGGUCUCGAACGAAACCUCCAAUGUGCUACGGCUAGGAUUGUUAGAGACUAUCCUAGUCCACUGUCCUGGAUCGAUGGCUUCCAGGAUUUGGCAGAUGCGGUGUAUAGCGGGACUCCGGACAGUGAUGACAGCCUCCGUGAGCCUCUGAUCGAAUUCGUCUAUAAACAAUGGGCGAAUAUUGGUAAAUUGCUGCCCAUAACGGAGAGCUUCGCGGCCAUCCCUCAAUUCGUCAUUGAUGUGAUCGAACGUCAUCGAAAGAUCUUGAAUAUAGCGAGGAUAGAGUGCUCUGAAGAAACCAGGUGCAGGCACACACAUUGCAGUACGUUGGAAGAAUUGAAGCAGGAGACGAGGAAUGGACCUCGCGAGAGGAUGGAGCAUUCCUCGCAUGCUCACCCCCCACCAGAUCCACAGCCGAAAGACACGCGUGAGGCUUCGUCGGUCGACGCGCCGUCAAUAAAUGCAUCUCUCUCGCCUCGAGACUCGACAAACGCUCGCCGCCUCUACCUCCGCAAUGUAGGUUUCUCCGUUUCGGCACAGCCAAUAAGAAGGAUGAGUCCAUUCUUUUCAGCCGUGCCUAUCAGACCUCAAGUGCUCAGUCCAACGGUAAACAAUGAGAACAGUCCCAGCGUAAGAGAGCGUCAGGACGUCUUUCGAGGGAGCAUAUCUGGCGGUGCUGGCAACAUCCUGCAAGAAAUACGAAACCCACCUCGAAGACCAAUCGAAAUGCGCAGGGUACAUCUAGGAGACAUGUCUGAUACAAAUGCGCCACGCACUACUCGGAGCAGUCUAAGAGAAACCUCAUGGUACAGCGCAACUAGUAACGAUUGCUCGCCAUGUAGCAUGAGCCCAAGCCCAGGUAUGCGAGGGCUACGUGAGAUUUCUAGGAACGAACAGACGACCCCUUCUAGAUCUAUUUCAGGAAGCGCACGAAGAGCUCACUUGGGCAGUCGGAUCAGGAUUGGGUCUGAAAGCUACAAUGCAUCACAGUACAUCGAUUAUCUUGAACGGCAACUGGUUCUUGCACAGGCGAAACAUGAGGCUUCCGUCUCAACUGAAGCCAAGAAAGCACGCUCUACGAAGAUCAAGAGCCUUUCAAUAGAGAACAAGAAUCUACGUGCCGAGGUAGAAGAAGUACAACGCAAGUAUGACGUGAGGGUACAAAGCGAGGCCGAGAAAAGAUUGGAGUUUCAUACAAGGGUACAAGCAGAGGUCGAGAAGAGGUUAGAGUCUGAAGCAGAAAUGAAGGACCGCCUAGACUCACUUGAGUCAGAGGCUGACUUGAAAGAUGCGCGAAAUAGAGAGCUCGAGUGGGAAUUAGAGUGCACCAAGGCCAAAGCGAGAGACUCCGAAGGCCUACAAGACAUCAAUCAAGACUUGGAGAGAAGAAUUGAGAUGCUGACACACCUACUCGUCCAGACACCAACAAAGACUUCCACUACUUCUGCUAGCUCCUCACCCUCAAAACGUGCUCCUCGUCCUCGCUCAAUCCUCCUUCCAAAACUGCCCCCCUCCCCUGGGGGUGCCCGCUUGUCACUCACGACGGUGUCGGAGACAGCUCCUUGGCAACUAGAGGAAUACAGUUUAAGCUCUCGAGCAUCGACUUCUAUUAACCUUUCUUCAUCUACGGUGGUGUCCCCUCAAGGCCUUGGUCUUAGUACCUUUGACACAUUGCGGUCGCCGAAUAGCACUGCACAAAGACCAUGUCUGAGUCCUCAGCAACUUCGACGCUCUUCCACUAUGAAUUCUGCGCCUUCUCCGUCUCGGCCAGUUUCAUUUCUCUCAACUUCCUCUUAUGACACUGCACUAGGCGGCUCAGUGGAUGAAGGUCAAGAUGAUACUCAAUGUAUCAACAGGAAGAGGCAGAUGCGGCGCUUCACAUCUGGAUCGAAAUCAUUGAAGCCUUUAGUAUUGCCUUCAACUAAUGGGGUUCAGCUACACCUAAAUUCUGCACCAGCUGCUUCAAUACCUGAGGACAAAACUAGCCAAUUCUUACCCAAAACACCUAAACAUAGAUCUGAGCAUUUCUUGCCCAGAUGGAAAACUAGCCCGCCGGGUGCAAUGAUCCUUCAAUCACCAUAUCAAGCUCCUACAGCAGAACAAGCGCACGAUCAGGCACUCGAAGCACUCGAGGGCAAGACCAAGUCUUCUUCAGCAUGUACAGACCCCUCACCAUCCUCUAUGGACUCUGCAACUGAAACAAAGCGCAACACUGCUUCAAAUUUUAGACCGUGGGGGCACAAGAAAAGCCGAAAGUCGGAACGUAGGAGCCUUCAUACCGAGCUGGAGGAAGCGGCAAUUAGACUGGUUACAGAGUACAAUUCAGCCAGUACAGAUGAUCAUUCCAACCCUCAUCCCUCUAACAACCACACCACUCCUGAACCAACACGAAUAGCGAUCGGUUUGGAGCCACCUUCAUCACUGGAUUCGGCUUCAGAUAUAAUUCAGGGUAAGCAACAUCCAACACAGGCAUCUGAGACGGAGCCAAAACUACAGGGAACUCCUACCGCUUCCGAAACAGAACGUGCGCCACGACACUCGGCCACAACAAAAUCGAGACCCUCUCAAGAAGCGUUUGACCAAUCUAUACGGCUUCCGCAUUUGCUUGUCCUAACAAGCCAGUUCCCUUGGUUGUUAGCGCGACGCGCUCUGACCAACGCAUGGUCUGCGGGGAAGAACAGUCUUCCAGGGAGAGUAAGUCGGUGGUUCCUUCGCUUGGUCUGCCGCUCGUGCAAACGGGACUCGAUUGCUCGCGAUGCUGAGAACAACAUCCCCUCAGAGUUCUUUCACCCCCAGUCGCGUCACGUACGUGUCCAUUCAAGGAAGAUGGAGGCCUCUGAUAAGUAUUCUCGGCCCCUGCCAUCUUCACGGUAUGCUGGCGGGAACCUCGUGACAACGCAACAAAGAAGCGUUGACUAUGGGGCUACAUGGUAUUCAAGACCUCAUCCGGGAAAUACGGGAAAGGAGUUACCGCCCUUUCUUCCAAUGCAUCGCCGGCAGGAGACUCAAUAUUUCCCCUGCGUUGAAUGCGUUGAGCCGUCCUCUCGUCGUGAUCUUCGACUAUGGUUUCAAUUCUCUAUCGCAAUUCUGUUGGUCAUCGGAGUAGCCAUCAAAAAUGGGCCAGGAGUGCUGGUGAACCAAACGCCUCCUGAUGUACCUCACCAGGGGUCUUCAACUAGUGUUUUCCGUGAGGAGGCAGGAGACGCAAUGGAUGACCGUAGCCAAGGCAGUGGUAACAACCGGACUCGCGACUUCUCUGGCCGUACAUCGAAAACGGAUAAUAGCUUCGCAGAUUCUGGGUAUGGCAGCAUUAUGUUUGCAGAGGCGCUUGGCCCCGAGGAUUUUCAACGACAUGACCAAUGA